UGACAAGCUGAAGUAAAGCCAGCCUGAGGGAACCACCUGGAAUGUCAGAAUUCCCACUGCGUCAUUAACUAACCCCUGCUGAGGAUGUCCAGCCUGGAAGCCACGGCUCGACAGCGGGAGCCUCAAGCAAAGAUGCAAGUAUGGACAUAAUAGCCUAUGAUGCUUACUCCAGUCCACCGUUUCCGAGAUAUUGAAAGGAAACCUGAAUACCUCCAGCCAGAAAAGUGUGUCCCACCUCCUAGCCACGCUUCCCUGGGAACAAUGUGGUUUAUUCGAGAUGGCUGUGGUAUUGCAUGUGCUGUCGUUACCUGGAUGCUGGUGUUCUAUGCCGACUUUGUAGUCCUCCUUGUCAUGCUAGUUCCAUCGAGAGAUUAUGUUUAUAGUGUCAUCAAUGGCACACUGUUCAACACCUUGGCUUUCCUCGCUUUGGCUUCACAUUUUCGUGCUAUGCUGACAGAUCCAGGUGCUGUACCCAAAGGUAAUGCCACAAAGGAGUUCAUUGAGAGUUUACAGCUAAAGCCAGGACAGGUGGUUUACAAGUGCCCAAAGUGUUGUAGCAUCAAACCUGACAGAGCACAUCAUUGCAGUGUUUGCAAGAGGUGUAUUCGGAAAAUGGACCAUCACUGCCCGUGGGUCAAUAACUGUGUAGGAGAGAAUAACCAGAAGUACUUUGUACUGUUUACAAUGUAUAUAGCACUGAUUUCCCUGCAUGCUCUAAUCAUGGUGGGAUUUCACUUCUUGUAUUGCUUUGAAGAAGACUGGACAAAAUGCAGUUCCUUCUCUCCACCAACUACAGUGAUUCUUCUCAUCCUCUUGUGUUUUGAGGCUCUCCUGUUCCUCAUCUUCACCUCGGUUAUGUUUGGGACCCAAGUACACUCCAUCUGCACUGAUGAAACGGGUAUUGAGCGUCUCAAGAACCAGAAGCCAACCUGGGAGAGGACCAGCGGCUGGGAAGGGAUGAAGCUGGCGUUCGGUGGUGCCUUCUCCUUGGGUUGGUUCAACCCCUUUUCAAGCAUGAACUGCAAGAGCCCAGCACCAGCUGAAGCAGUGGCAGCAGCUCCUGCAUCUGCAAUAAUGACCCAAGAAGAAAUCGAGCAGUUUCUGGCUCGGGACGUUGCCAUCCAGGUGUUACAUGAAUAAGCAAAGCAUCCUCCACUGUGUCAGGAGCAGCUUCUGGGUGGUUUCUGGUUCAGUAACUGCUUGUGAUGGAGAUUCAAAGGUUUGGGGUUUUUAAUGGACUUUUGGUGCAUUAAGGUCAGGGUAUUUCUCUGGAAGCCAGGUACAGCAUUCGCAGUGAGCUCCUUCCCAGACCUGCAUCAGCUCCCUUACUGAUCUUUUCUUACUUGGCCUGUAAGGGAAGUGUGUCAUUGUUGGUCCCAGCUCCCAGAGGAGUCUGGUUAAUCUUUGUUCUCACAGCCUUUUGGACAGCUAAAUGAUAAGCUCUGUUUAUCAUUUGCCAGGAUUAGCCACAUUCUCAAUGGCCAGAUUAAUGCAGCUCCAAAGGUUUUCCUGAAAAACACAUCCUUUUUAGCUCAUCCCAUGGAUGCUGCCUCUGGAUUAUGAAAACCGCUGGUGCUCAGGUUUUAGCAGAGGUGGGAUAUGGGAUUGUGGUUGCAGCAGAUGGUGACCUCUCACUGGGUAUAAUUCCUUUGGGCUCUGGAAUAUCUCCAGGGAUGAAUUCUAACCCUCUGUGCUUGUGGGCUGCCCAAGGCUGGUUGGUGAUGCCUGAGCAGUCAGUGGUGGUGGUCCAGGGAAGCAGGAAUGUUUGCCCAUGCAGCCAAGAGUGGGCAAAUACUGGCUGAGUUAUUUAGGUGCUGGUGGGGGGGAAGCUUCCAUCCUAGGGCUGUGGUUCAUUAGCACAUGGGAUACAUGGAAUGGGAUCAGACCAGAAGGCAAGCAGAUGGUCUAGGCCAUGCACCAGGACCAUUUCUAUGGUCAAAGAGAAGAGGGAGAUGUGGGCAUCCUGCUGCUGGGGGUACUGGCUCUCUCCAUUUGACUUGUCUAAUUUAGUUUGUUUCAUUUCUUGGUAGCCACUUAGUUGAGAUUGAAUAUUGCCUCUUAACCUUACUGGUGUUUAACCUUGUCCUGUUGGUAUUUGCCAGCAGGGUUUCCUUAACACUAAUUUUACAGUCAGCUCCUGGUGACCAUUGGUAAACCCAUGGACUGAACAUGUGUUGCUCAAGGAAGGUGGCAAUAUUUGCAGCAGAAUCAUGCAGAGGUGACACCAGCCUCAGCAUCCAAACCAAGCUACAAGCACUUGGUGUGCUCCAGGUGUCAAUGCAGCUUUAAUUGAGACUGUUCUUCACUUUCAGUUUGCUGUCUCCCUUAGCAUCAUUGUCAGUACAGUCUGCAGGGUAUUAGAAAUGUGAUCCUGGUUUUCCCCCCACAGGACAUCCAUCUCCCCCUCCCCUGCAACGUGGACCAAAGAUAAUUCUUCCUCUUGAACGUAAGGGAAUGGAGUCAGGGGGAUGAGGGCUUGGUACCUACAUGAAGGUCUUACUACUAACCAAAGCCACACCAAAUGGGAUCUGUGCAAGAUUCUUUUCUAAUCCCUUUCUCCCUUUCCAAAAAGCAUCUUAAAAUCUAUUAAUGGAUGGGUUGGACAGGGCCUUGGGUGACAUGGUUUAGUGUGAGGUGUCCCUGCCCAUAGCAGGGGGUUGGAACUGGAUGUUCUUAAGGUCCUUUCCAACCCAAACCAUUCUGUGGUUCUAUAUCAUUCAAGGCUACUGUUCAGGGGUGAGAUUCAUUCCUGGCUUUGUCAUCUGCCACAGCAAUCCAUCCCUUCCUUCUAGCAAAGGAACUGAGAACAAGCAGGAUGCUGUGACUGUUAGCAUCACAGCUUGGCGAAAACCCAAGGGGUGUUUCCAGUUGUCCCAUUCCCUGUCCCCUCUGGAUGUCUCCUCUUUGUCAAUGCAAAAUAGACUUAGAAAAAGUCAUUAGGAAUUGUGUAUUUAUAAAAACCUUUAUAAAGGGAAACACUGCAUCUGGGGGGAACUGAGGUGUUGUUCGGACCUGAGGUCUUGAAUGUCUUUGCUCUGUGCAGCAGUAUGAUAGUGAGGGAAGAUGCUCUCCUACUUCUGCACCUACUUCUUCCUCCCUGUCAGCAUCCCACAGGAAAGGGACAUCAGGGAC